CUGUAGUCUGUACCGCUAAAAGUGAGCGCUCACCUGGACGGAAGCUCGCGCCAGCUUUGCCCGCCGCCCAAGCACCCCUGGCCAGAGCCUGUGAGUGGAACGCGAGCCGCCCUGUGGACGUGAGGCGAGCGAGAGCAGCGCCGGGCCUGCUACAAGCAGACGAUAGAAUCAGAGAGACAAUUACCGCGCAACUGUCCUAUCGGUGACUCGUGUUUCGGACUCCGUACGUUCAAGCGAAAGGCCUACAGUCGUCCUAUCGCUACGAGUUCAAGGGUGAACAAGAGUGAGGAGACGCGCACGGAAGUCUCGUUGUAAACCACUUGGUUAUGUUGUUGUGAUGGCAUGCCACUCUUGACCAGAUUACAACCACCCCGCGUCCGUCAUUGACAAGAAUGCAAUGCGCACGCGCCAAGCAGUGACGUGUGUUUCUCCUUAACUCCUUCAUUGUGAGAGGCUAUACAAGUCCCUUGUAGUGUUCGUCUAUUGAAAGGACAGAUCAGAUUUUGGGUUUAGCAAGUGUUAAGAGCAAAAAAGUGGUGUACAUAAAACAGAGUAAGACGUUGGUGUCAAGGAGUGGGUCGCCUCUUCUGGUGUAUGGGGGUUUCCCCUGACCAGCUUGUUAAUUCUUCUCACACUGUACUAGUUGCUCCCGGAACGUGGGAUGAAAUUUCCGCUCUUGUUUGAGGACUUUAACGAUAGAUUGAAUGAAAUUCUUGUUAAGGCUGGGUCCAGUGACGACAAUUUUCCCCUAAAAAACGUGCACACCCUGCGUUCAUAGAUAUAGAGCAACUUAAUCAGAAAUCCCUUAGCCGUUAAUAAAAGCUUCCUUCUGUAAUAUCCAUUCAGUAUUUCUAGCCAGUCGUGCGUCUUUGUGAACAAUCACGUUUUGAUUCAUAAAGACAAUCUGAUUUGGUUAUUCUGAAUUAGAGUGUCUAAAAGCUUGGUACAAAUUGUGUGGUACCAAACAGGCGAGUGGAAUUUUCUAUAACUUCUAACUGGGUCAUGUGAUUAUUUUACAUAGACCUCCUUCCCGAUUUCUAGCACUGACAUUUGAGAGAUUAAAAGUCAGAGAAGGAUAUUUUUUACAAAAAGUGUUGCUUCAGAGACAACUGUACCUAAACUCUUGCCCGAAAAGGGUUUGCUCUCUAGCUACAGAAACUUCAGAAUAAUUCGUGCUUCUAAACCAGAUUCAAAUGUAACUCGGGUCAAGGAUUUAGACUCUGUACACACACAGCCAUGACGUCGACGGAGCUAACGGAGGACGCUGUUAGUGCUUACUUACGCCAAAAUCCACAUUUUCUGGCCUCGUGGUUUGUUGAGCACGCAGACGAUGACACCCUGAAAACGUUGGCACGAAAAUUGAAGCAGGACGCCAUCUCCUUACAAGCUAGUAAGUCGCCCCUGCCACCGCCUGUCGAACCUGCACCUCAAAAACAGCAACAGCAACUGCAACAACAACAGCAACAACAACCCCAACUCCGAUCUUCCCACAACCACUUGCUGACUGUACAGGAACGCUCCGUAGAUGGACAAGGUGACGUAACAGAACCUACGUCAAGUGAGCAGAGUCAAAGCAGCGACAGCAAUGACCGAAAUCUACAGAAAUAUACCACCUUUUCCAAGGUGUCCCUCGAGGUUGGUCGGAACUCCAUCACGAGCAUGAUCUUCCGGAAGUACCUGGACGGUGACCGCACACGGCGCGCGAGCGUCAAGAAAGACCUGGAUGACCUGCGGCGCAUGUCCGAGGAAGAGCUAUUCAUGGAGCUGAUCAGAGACAUCGCCAGCGAGCUCGACGUUUCUGUACUCUGUCAUAAGAUCCUGCAGAAUGUGAGCAUCUUGACCAACAGUGACCGUGGCAGCCUCUUCUUGGUGAGGGGCAGCAGGGACAACAAGUAUCUCGUGUCCAAACUCUUUGACGUCACCGAGUCCAGCACUCUGGAGCAGUCCAUCCACACGGAGGCUAAUGAGAUCGUCGUUCCCUUUGGCGUUGGUAUCGCCGGAAAUGUGGCGCUCAAAAGGGAACCAAUCAACAUCAACGAUGUCUACGCUGACCCACGUUUCAACCAGGAAGUGGACAAGAAGACUGGCUACCGCACCCACAGCAUCCUCUCAAUGCCGAUACUGAACUACGAGGGGGAGGUCAUCGGCGUGGCUCAGAUCAUCAACAAGAUUACAGGGAAUCAUGAGUUUACCAAACAGGACGAAGACUUGUUCCAGAAGUAUCUGACCUUCUGUGGUAUUGGCAUCACUAACGCUCAGCUGUUCGAGAUGUCAGUCAACGAGUUCAAGAGGAAUCAGCUGCUGCUGCACCUGGCUCGCGGGAUCUUCGAGGAGCAGAGUAACCUGGAGAAGUUGGUUCAGAAGAUCAUGCUGGACGCACAGGACCUGCUCAAGUGUGAGAAGUGCUCGGUCUACCUGCUGGAGGACUCAUUUGAGAGGAAAAUAGAUGCACAGGACAUCAUGCGCUUCACAGGCCGCUUUUUGAACCGGCUCGGGACAUACUCGCGCCAUAGCAACCUGGCAGUGGCGAUGCAGGACCCCAGCAAUCCGCGGCUUAACGAGAAGGACUCAAGUGGACCAGUCAAACUGCGAGAGUCACCGCCGACAAAACCAGAGAGCGUGGUCUUCUCCAAGGCGUUCGAGCUGCAUGAGGGCCAGAUCAAAGCACCGUCCGGUCUCGAGUUGGCUCAGUCCAAGCACGCCUACAUCGCUAGGUGCACUGUGGUGGAAGGAGAGCCACUCAACAUCGAGGACCUGGCAAAGGAUGGACGCUUUGGGAAAGGACCAUUUACAGACGCCUCUGGGUUCACAAGCAAAAGCGUUCUGUGUAUGCCUAUACACAACAGUGAGCGCACCAUCAUCGGCGUCACGCAGCUCAUCAACAAGAUCAACGGGCAACCUUUUGACGACAACGACGAGCAUAUUAUAGAGGCGUUUUCCAUCUUCACUGGUCUGGGAAUUCACAACUGCCAGAUGUAUGAGCACGCGUGCCAGCUGAUGGCCAAACAAAGCGUGGCCUUGGAGGUCUUGUCCUAUCACGCCACAGCCAGCAAGGAGGAGGCAGAACGCUUUAGUUUAGAGACCAUCCCCACAGCAGACGACUAUCGACUGUACACGUACGACUUCGACGACCUGGCUAUGAAGGACGACGAUACCAUCAGAGCAACCAUCAGGAUGUUUGUCGACGCUAAUCUCAUCAAUACCUUCAAGAUACCCUACGAGACGAUGUGCCGUUGGGUGUGCACUGUAAAGAAAAACUACCGUCCGGUGACCUAUCACAACUGGCGACAUGCCUUCAACGUGUGCCAAACCAUGUUCACCAUGCUUUACACGGGUGAACUGCGUCCCAAGUUUGACGCUGUGGAGGUGUUCGCCCUGAUGGCUGCCUGUCUCUGUCACGAUCUGGAUCACCGGGGCACCAACAAUGCCUUUCAAGUCAAGGUGGCAUCCCCUCUCGCCAUGUUGUACAGCACAUCUGUAUUGGAGCACCACCAUUUUGACCACUGCAUUAUGAUCCUCAAUAGUGAGGGUAACAACAUUUUCCAGUCUUUCCCUCCAGAAGAAUACAGAAGAGCCAUUAAGAUUCUCGAACAUGCUAUUCUGUCUACCGACCUCGCUCUUUAUUUCAAGAAAAGGGGCGACUUCAAAACCCUUGUCGAAAGUGGAGAACGUAACUUUAAAGAAGAGGAGAAAAAAGAUUUGCUGAAAGCCAUGAUGAUGACAGCCUGUGACGUCGCCGCCAUCACAAAACCAUGGAAGAUCCAGAAAGAAAUCGCCCAGCUUGUCACUGCUGAGUUUUUCGAGCAAGGCGACAUCGAGAAGACUAAACUGGGUCAGAAACCAAUCCCGAUGAUGGACAGAGAGAAAAAAGAUGAGCUACCAACAAUGCAAGUGGGAUUCAUUGACUCAAUAUGCACCCCAGUCUAUGAGUUGUUUGCGAAGAUUUCUGACCCACUUCGACCGCUCAACGACGGAUGUGCUAGCAACAGAAAGCACUGGGAAGAGAUGGCAAGUGGGAACUCACAAGACGACAACACAGAUGAGCAAACAGGAGAAGGGAGUCAAGAAAACAAACAAGACAGAAGCGGGCAAAGCCACCAAGAGCCCGAGCAAGCGACCCAAGGCCAGUGCGCCCUCAACGGCGGUCAAGCACCCAACUCAGCGCUAAAAUCUGACAUGGCCCUUCACAGCAAACACACACACAACAACAACACCACCACCACCUCUCACAUUUCUCAUUCUAACUCAUCACCACAAUCAUCGCAAUCGUCAUCAUCUGUCAACAAUGUAAAGUCCACCCAUACUGAGAGCACCCGGACUCCUCAGCAAACUGCUAACGUAAAUAGUGUAAAUACAGACAAGCAGCAGCACAGCAUCACGGUUGCCCCCUCGAACAAGCAGCAAACGCCUACCUCUGUCACUCCAGCCAUUGAAGAAAUUGGGCUUAGAGAAAAAGACAAAAAACGUACAGCGAAAAGUGGAGAGUCCAAAAAGUCAAGUAAAUCCUCAAAGAGCAACUUCUGCGCAGUCAGCUGACCGCAUGACAAGUCGUGACUACCUGACCUUCAGCAUCAUCACAACUUCGUGAUCAGUAUUUAUUGAUGAUUCAAUGACACCAUGCUCUCCACAUUGUGAAAAGACCAGGACGUCGUGAUUGUCUCCCCUGUUUCUUCGACGGCUGUUGGGUCGUGUGCUGGCAGAGACAGUGUGACGCCAGUGAUGCGUUUAAAUGACGCCAACUGAUUGAUAAAAAUUACAUAUACACGAAGGAAAUGGCACAUUACUCAACCCAAGGAGUGAAGAGAAAAUGGCAUCUGCCCGUCCGUAGCGCCAUUUGCUACAUUUUGAUCACGCUGACUCAUUUGGUAUUUUCUAUGUAAUUCGUGAACCCUUCGCCCGCUGGUCAAAUAUUAUGUUUCCUUCCUUCCUGUUCAUUGGCUAGUCCUGUUGUUUCUUUCAAGUCGCAGUUUCCCCACUCACAAGCUGGUAAACUGACUUGAGAUUCGUCUUCUGUUGUACUUCUCAUAAAAUGUCCAGGGUAGCCACGGUGGUAAAGCCUCUACUGAAUCCUGUUGUUUUGUGUGUUAUUGUUUUUUUAUUACAUUUAUUGAGCCUAUUUGCAAGAAUGAGAACAGACCAUAUCAUGUAACCAUGGCUCACAACAAAACUGACGUUUGACUGUGUGACUGGUAUACGGUUUCUUAGUGUCCAUAUCUGAAUGUCGUUGCACACUUUGUACAUCGUAUCGUCAAUGGGACCAUUGGGACGUAUCUUCAUCCUAUCGAUCUGACUUCAGUAUCACUCUCAGAUUACUGCAGUUCCCCUGUGUUGUCUCCUCGUUAUCAUAGGCACGACUGUCCAUUUAAAUUUCAACCAAAUUAUGUAAGUUGUCCUACACCGAAGGCGGAAUGGCAUGCAGGUGCGUAACACUCAAAAAAGUGCAUUUUCUGUGUUUUUAAGGAUUCAGAGAAAAAUUAGCGAUAUUUUAACUGGUUAGGCGUGUGUCUUUUCACAACCUGACAAACAACGAACGUUCAGUUUAAGAUUACGAUGUUCUAACUUGUGACUUGACCUUUCAGGUAUGAAAUUUAUGAUUAUGCUUGAUUAAGAAUCAUUUCCUUUCUGUAUUUGGUCUAUUGUCUAUAUUUAUCUCUCGAUUCAGGCUGCAACUUGAGUCCAAAGUAAACAAAGCUGUGUUAUCUUGUAAAGCAGAUGGGCGGGUGGUUACAUGGCUUGUGUGUGUGUGCGUAUGUGUGUGUGUGUGUGUGUGUGUGUGUGU